CGUUGACGUCUAAGAACUCAAGCUUUACUGAUGAAACAGAGAUUUUGAAGAUGUCAGAAAGGCAUUCAGGUCAAGCUGGCACUGGAGCAGGAAAUGAGGUGGACUCUCCUAUUGUCAAUGUCAAGUCAUCCAGCUUUGGAGACUUUUGUUCCACAUCUUCAUUUCAAGAUAGUGGCUACAGUGAGCUGUUAAAAUCGUGCAGCUUUGAUAAUACAGAUAAAGAAUCAUUUGGAAAGAAAGAAAGAGGCUCAACAUUAAUCCAUGAGCAUCUUGAAACUUCAAGUCUGGCCUUAACACAUAGUUUAGAGUCUCCCACUCAAAGAAAGAGAUUUGUCUUCCCUAGGAAGGAAAAGGAUAAAACCCCAGACCUUUGUGAAACUCCUAAAGUCAGUGGAAAAAAAUUUUUACUGCGCAGAAGAUUGGACGUAUCUUUCUCUCUUCUAAAGGGGGACUUUGAAUCACAAAAUAGUUCUCUUGAAAGUAGUACAAGCCAAGUUCCCAAUUUAGAAAAAAAUAUUCCAAGCAGUGCUUCAGGUUUCCCAAGGCAAAAUAAUUUUAGUUCUUUAGUUAAUAGCACUUUGAAAACAGAAGAAGCGACUUCCAGCAGUCAAAAAUUGAGACUUAAUUUUUCUCAACAGAAGACGUCCACAGUUGAUGAUUCCAAAGAUAACUGUAGCCUAUUUGAAGUUGAAUGUAUAUCUCCAAUUCAAGGCAGUAGUUUUAAAGACUCUAUCACACAUGACUUUAGCGACAGCAGUCUAUGUAUUAAUGAUGAGAAUACAUAUCCUGAACUUCUGGGCUCUUCAGUCAGUGGAACAACUUGUGGAACAGAUGAGGACAUAUUUGUGACUCCAAUAAGUAAUCUUGUAGCAAAUGUUAAAUUUAAUGCAAGUCAAAGGCUUUCUCCUUUAGGUGAAGUGAGACGCAAUAUUUCAACACCUGAAGACAGUGGUUUUAACUCAGAAGAUUCCCUCGCUGACCAAGAGGGCUCUUUCCAAGAACUGCUUCAGAAACAUAAAGGAACUCUCAAAGUCAGGGACACGGUAAAAAGAUCAAGGCGUCUUGGAAGAUUAAGAAGACUGUCCACCCUUAGGGAGCAAGGCUCACAAUCUGAGACAGAAGAAGAAAAGCAGCCCAACCUCUCUGGCUCUGAAUCAACACCAGUGGCCACUUCAGACAUCUCAGAGAGUCAGCCAAGCAGUGACAAUAAGAGUGGGGAUUUGAGUUUAAGCUUUAAGAAUUUAUCAAAGACCCCAGCCUUGCAGUUAGUGCAUGAGCUCUUUAUGAAAAGCAAAAGGAAAAGAUUCCAGCAAAGCGGUGCACGUGAAUUGUUAGAAGAAAGGGACGGGGGGAAAAUAGCUGUACUACAGCGUGUGCUUGCCGGACUGAUUGGCAAGAAAAUGGGUAUAGAAAAACUGGACAUCUUAACAGAAUUAAAAUACAGAAAUUUAAAGCAUGUUCUUGCUAUGGUUUUAGAUUCCUUGGCUGCAGAAAGCCUAUGCAGUGUUUGGAAAGUGAGCAGAAAUUGGCGUGAAAUUAUUAUUCAAGAUAAAAAAGCAAAUCAGAGGAGGAAAUUUCAUAUCACACAAUUGAAAACAGAUUCUGAGGGGGCUAUAUUAAAUGUUGAUGAUGCUGCCACUCGGCUCCAUCUUUUAAAUCGAUCAGCUUUAAGAUCUGUGCAAGCACAGGCUAGGACACCAGGUUUUCAGAAAGAACAAGUUUCAACAUUUUCUCCUUGGGGAGAAGUUUUGACACCUAUAGCGAGUUCUUCUGUUACUCACUUAAGUAGUAAACAGGAAGAAUAUGUUAAGGUUGCCAAAACACUUUUUAUUGAUGAAGCAUUAAAACCUUGCCCAAGGUGCCAAUCCCCUGCUAAGUACCAGCCUUAUAAGAAAAGGGGACUAUGUAGCAGCAUAGCCUGUGGUUUUGACUUUUGUGUGUUAUGUUUGUGUGAUUAUCAUGGGUCUGAAGAAUGUAGUAGAGGAGCAGCAAAGCCAAGGAAUAGAAAAGAUGCUCUUCCAGGAAGUGCCCAGAGUAAGCGGAAUUUAAAACGCCUCUAA